AGUGCUAAAAAGAAACCAUUCAGCUGCUCAGUCUGUAAGAAUGGUUUUUCACAUAGUGGAAGUUUAAAGAUACACAUGAGAAUCCACACAGGAGAGAAACCACACAGCUGCUCAGUCUGUGAGAAAGGUUUUUCACAGAGUGGAUAUUUAAAGAUACACAUGAGAAUCCACACAGGAGAGAAACCAUUCACCUGUACAGUCUGUAAGAAAGCUUUUUCACAGAGUGGAAGUUUAAAGGAUCACAUGAUAAUCCACACAGGAGAGAUACCAUUCACCUGUACAGUCUGUAAGAAAGCUUUUUCACAUAGAGGAAGUUUAAAGGAACACAUGAGAAUCCACACAGGAGAGAAACCAUUCACCUGUACAGUCUGUAAGAAAGCUUUUUCACAUAGUGGAAGUUUAAAGAAACACAUGAGAAUCCACACAGCAGAGAAACCAUUCACCUGUACAGUCUGUAAGAAAGCUUUUUCACAUAGUGGAAGUUUAAAGAUACACAUGAGAAUCCACACAGGAGAGAAACCAUUCACCUGUACAGUCUGUAAGAAAGCUUUUUCACAUAGUGGAAGUUUAAAGAUACACAUGAGAAUCCACACAGCAGAGAAACCAUUCAGCUGCUCAGUCUGUAAGAAAGCUUUUUCACAUAGUGGAAGUUUAAAGUCACACAUGAGAAUCCACACAGGAGAGGAAAAAUAGAUCUGCAAAGUUUGUGACAAAAGAUUUAAAUGGCGUAAUCGUUUAUAAAGACCAAGUGUGUUGGUAAGGGAAUACAUUUGUCUAUUUUGUAUUCUGAUGACCUAAUGCCGUUACAUGUAAUACGUUACUCCCUAAGCCUGUUUUCAACCCACCUACAACCGAUUCGCUAAUAAUCACAAAUGUUCAUUUCUUCGA